CCAAGCACAAAGGAUAAAUUCCUAUUCAUUUUCCUCCAUAUAUAUACCCACAGAACCAGACCAAGCACAAAGGAGAAGAUAAACAGAGACCAAGAAACACUAUCGACAAAAAAAAACAAGAAACGCGCACAGUGUCAACAAUGGAGAACAUCGAGCAUACGACGGUGCCCACAAACGGCAUAAACAUGCACGUCGCUUCAAUCGGAACGGGCCCACCGGUGCUCUUCCUUCACGGAUUCCCGGAGCUCUGGUACUCCUGGCGCCACCAGCUCCUCUCUCUCUCUUCUUUGGGAUACCGCUGCAUAGCCCCCGACCUCCGAGGCUUCGGUGACACCGACGCGCCGCCGUCUCCGACGUCCUACACGGCCAUGCACAUAGUCGGCGACCUCAUCGGGCUGCUUGACCAUCUGGGUAUUGACCAAGUCUUCCUGGUCGCCCACGACUGGGGUGCCGUCAUGGCCUGGUGGUUCUGCCUGUUCCGGCCCGACCGUGUCAAAGCCUUGGUCAACAUGAGCGUGGCGUUCAGUCCCAGGAACCCUAAGAGAAAGCCUAUCGAUACUUUCAGGGCACUGUUUGGCGACGAUUACUACAUUUGCAGGUUUCAGGAACCGGGAGAGAUCGAACAAGAUUUUGAUAGCAUUGAUACUGCAGCGGUCAUGAAAUGUUUUCUCACCGGCCGCAGUCCAAAACCUCCAUGCAUACCUAAGGACCAAGGAUUAAAAUCUUGGGCAGCUCCAGUGACCUUGCCCGCUUGGCUGACAGAAGAGGACGUUAACUAUUUUGCAAGCAAGUUCAGCAAGACAGGAUUUACCGGAGGAUUGAACUACUAUCGAGCUUUGAACUUAACCUGGGAGCUUACUGGACCGUGGACGGGGCUACAGAUCAAGGUACCGGUUAAGUUUAUCGUGGGGGACCUGGACAUCACCUAUCAUAUUCCAGGUAUCCAGAACUACAUACAUAAGGGUGGGUUCAAGAGAGAUGUGCCGUUUCUGCAAGAGGUGGUUGUGAUGGAAGAUGCAGCUCACUUCAUUAACCAGGAAAAGCCAGACGAAGUCAGUCAGCAUGUCUACGACUUCAUCAAGAAGUUCUGAUUUCUAUUAGCUAGACGAGCACGCCAGCUUCCUUUAGUUUGUUUCUCUUUGCAGUUGAAGGGUUUCUUCUACGCCCUUACAGGUUAGGGUGAUGAUGUCUGAAAUUAGUUGUGUUUGAGGUUUUCGUCCUUCGGUUUGCCGGUUCUGUAACUGUCACCCCAAUCAUUUAAUAAUAUGCAGAGCUGCUUGUGUCUUUCAAUUA